GAGACUCAAAUAAACAUUCAACUUGGCAGCAGCGGAUAUUUCUUUAGAUAUUUUUGUGAUUCUAUUGAUUUUUUUUCUUCAAAAACUGUCGAAACAAGAUGCAAAAUGAGACAGAGUAUGCCAAAAAGCAAGCUGAGAAGCACAAGAGAAAAAUAAUUCUGCCAAGUUAUAUUUCCUGGGAAUACGGCUCCAAUAAAUUCGCUUCACAGAAGGGACAGCCUGCAUUUGGAACAAACCGGAACACGAAGCUCAAUAACGACUCCGAUGUGCAGUUUUGGAAGAAAAAUGAUAAAGUUAUUUAUGAAUAUGUAAAAGUUGAUGAAGAUACCGAAGAUGUAGAGAAAUCUGAAGAAGAUAAAGCAUGUUCUGCCCCUUCUUCCUCUAUGCCAAAGUUUGAAGCUCAACAUAAUACAGAUGGCAAUGAUCAACAAUAUAAAGCCUGGAUUGGUGGACAGUCUACAACGUUCACUCCAGCUGAAUCGCGGCAAAUCUGAUGUGUGCUUGUAUUGUUUUUUUUGUAAUUUUUUUCAUUAAAUUUCAAAAAAAUAAAAUACAUUUAACACAG